AGGACUUGCUCCUAUUUCCUUACGUAACAAAGCAACACCUGGAGAAGUUACUUGUGAAGGCUAAGUGUGUGUGGAAACACCCACCCGGUGAUGAGAUCUAUCGCAAAGGUUCAAUAUCCGUGUUUGAAGUGGAUGGCAAGAAAAACAAGAUCUACUGCCAAAACCUGUGCCUGCUGGCCAAGCUUUUUCUGGACCACAAGACAUUAUAUUAUGAUGUGGAGCCCUUCCUGUUCUAUGUUAUGACAGAAGCAGACAACACUGGCUGUCACCUGAUUGGAUAUUUUUCCAAGGAAAAGAACUCGUUCCUCAACUACAAUGUAUCCUGUAUCCUCACUAUGCCGCAGUACAUGAGACAGGGCUAUGGCAAGAUGCUCAUUGAUUUCAGUUAUUUGCUUUCCAAAGUGGAAGAAAAAGUCGGCUCUCCAGAACGCCCACUCUCAGAUCUGGGGCUCAUAAGCUAUCGCAGUUACUGGAAAGAAGUGCUUCUUCGUUACUUGCAUAAUUUCCAAGGAAAAGAGAUUUCUAUCAAAGAAAUUAGCCAGGAGACGGCUGUGAAUCCUGUGGACAUUGUUAGCACCCUGCAAGCUCUUCAGAUGCUCAAGUAUUGGAAAGGAAAACACCUAGUUUUAAAGAGACAGGACCUGAUUGAUGAGUGGAUAGCCAAAGAGGCCAAGAGAUCCAACUCCAAUAAAACCAUGGAUCCCAGCUGUUUAAAAUGGACCCCUCCCAAGGGCACUUAAAGUGACCUGUUACUCUGAGCCAGCGAACCCCAGCAGUAGGAAUCCGUACCCUAGGGAUCUGUCUGUCAUUUCUGUUGCUCUUGUGAUUGGCAAGUACAGUAUCCUUUGGGAAGGCCAUCCCCCUCAGGACUGUCCUGGCUCCGACCUUCAUGUACACUGCAGACGCUGGUUCUGAGGAACUGUUGUUUCGGCCUCAGUGAGGUUGCCCGGAUGGGCUCUAGAUUAGACUUGAGUGAAGGUCCCUCAUAGCACUGACCCAUGGUGUUCUGUUUGGUACUGUACCUGUCCAGUCACUGGUUCUCUCCUCAUGUUCUCUAGCCCCAUGAGAUUGUGUUGUCUUCUAAACUUUGUAAUAGUGCUUCUUCCCACCUGGUCACCAGACCUCCAAAUACGGUUUCUGGGACCUUGCCAGUUGUUCCUUACAUAUGUUUUUUGGAGGGGCAGGGAAGAGGUAACACUUCUGAGUGUGUGUGCUGGGAAGGGUCUGUUCCCUUUAGGUUUCAUCUCACUUUAAAUUUUUUCCUCCGUUUUAUUGAGAGACCUGUUUUAAUCAGUAUCAGGCUGACCAGAGCCAAAUACAUUUGAAGCCUCUCCCAGGAAUUAGCCUUGGUAAUGGCACAUAAUCUUUCUGGAUGAGCUGGUCAGAAGAAGUAAGAGGUAGUGAUUCUGUAUUUUGCAUUGAGUUCACCAGUGAGUAGUGGGCCUUGUCUUGGUGGAAGGGAAUGAAUACUUUUUGCCUCACCAGAAAGUGCCCAGUAGUAAAUGUUUUCUUCUCUCAUAACUCCCUGCCCCUUUUUACGUUUGCAGGUGCCAAAAUAAUUUCCAGUUCUCCCUUUCAUGCUGCAUGUUAACUUGGUUCAUUAACUGCAGAAACCUGUUCAGCAGUACCAGUCUGCUCUAGCACACCUGUACUUCCACAUAAGUUGCAUUGGUUUUGUCUGAACAUCCUUGGAGAAGUAGAAACUGAUUGAAAAUUACUUCCAUAUCUUGGCCCAUGACUCAACAAGGCAGAAUGGCCACUCUGCCAAGGUUUGCUUCUCUUCAACAGUGCCUCACCCUCCCUCUAAGACUAAAGUGCUUAUGCCCUUCCAAGAACUCCUCCACUUCCUUUUUGGGAUUUGCCGUUAUCCCCCUCUUCUCUGGUCUCCUAUUUUUGGUGUUUAAGUGAAGGAAGAGAUGCUCCCUCUAAUUUCUCUCUAGCCCAUUAUAACCUGCUAUCUUGGGGCAGCUUUUGAUGUAUGACAUGUCACCCUUCCCAACUUGGUCGUCUACAACACUGCUGUCUUCAUGUGGAGCCCUCACCACAAUCCCGACUCUGGUCAUUUGUGCCUUUCUCUUGUCAUCUCUGUACACUACUUAUAUUCACUGUGGGUUGGGGGGAGCUAAUUUUAAGCAUGUUCGGUGGCAGCUCCCUGCCAGUUUCAGUGUCACUGUUAAAAUUGAUCCAAAAGCAACUUCACGGGGUUUUCUUGAGGGGUAAAGGCCUUUUACAGAAGCUAACCCUUCCCCACAUGUGGUAGAAUGUGCUGUUCUAUAUCUACUCCUUAAUAAAGCAUGUUCUCUGCUCAA